AUGGAAGCUUUUUUACCGGCGGCGAAUUACGCGAGUUCUUCUUCAUCGGAGGAGGAGGAGGAUUUGAAAGAGGGAAGAGGAGAAGAAGCGGGCUUUAGUGAGAGGAAAAGUAGUGUUCGUGUUGUUAACAUCGAUCCGGCGCCGAACGUGAACGUGGCGAACUUGGCGUUGACGAAAGAAGACGCGCGAAAGUCGUCGUCUCUCGGGAUUGAUGAUUUUGAAGCGGCGGCGAAAAGAGGAGGCAAAGCGCUUUCUUCGUCCGCUUCGAGGUCUGUGGUAAAAGUCGUUCCGAAAUCGGCGGUCGCCAAAAACGCGAACGAGGAGGAAUUCUUACAACCGAACGCGCAGGUUUUGACGACGAAUUUAACGUACGAGCAGAUGAGCGCGAAAGUGGAAGGUCCGGAGCAUCCAAACUUGAAGCGACGGGACGAGAGGAGAGCGAGGAACCAUCACAUGGGUUUCGUGCAGACAUUGAACGUGGAUUCGUUCGCGUUUGACGCGCAAUAUAACACGCAAAUGCAAGCGCAGCAGCAACUGCAACGAGAACAGCAGAUUGCGAGAGGAGAAGGUCGAAAGCUGAGCGGGAAAACUGCGACGACGACGACGACGAAUACGAAUACGAAUACUAACUGGAACGCGAAGACGGUGUACGACAUGACGAAAAAAGAACGCCGAGAAAGACGAAACGAAACGUUGAUGGAAGCGGCAGCCUCUUUCAACGUUAUUGGCGGCGAUGGUAACGAGGACGAUGGGACUGGGAAUGCGAACGGCGCGUGGGCUAAAAGUCCAGGGGCAAAACUAGACGUGAUGAAAAAAUCCGAACUUUCUCGAGAACAGAAAGAAUACUUGGAAUGGCACGCGAAACGCAACGACGCGAAACGAAAAGCGAGAGGUAAAUUAGGGGACGCGGGAAGAGACGACGAUGACGUGGUAGCCGCUGCCGCUGGAAAGAAUAAAAAUAAAGAGGGGGACGACGAAGAAGUGGACGAAGUUGAGUUGAAAAGAAGACAGCAAGCGGCCAAGACCAAGUUCCACGGAGAAGAAGAAUUCAAAUACGACGGAUCUUCGUGGUUGGCGAAACCAAAAACGUUAAAAGCUCGAAGCGAUAGAUGUUACGCGCCCGAGAAAACGACGAAACAAUGGAUUGCACACGGUAAAGGCGUUUCUCAUCUCGAAUUUUUCCCGAAUUCGGGUCACGUUUUGCUCACGUGCGGGAUGGAAGGCGUCGCGAAAAUAUGGGACUCUGGCGAUGAAAAGAAUAAGUUUAAGCUUCUCAGAUCGUACAGUGGUCACGCGAAAGCAAUUAAAUCGGGGUGCUUUACUCCGAACGAUGGAUCGAGGUUUGCCACGUGCGGUUGGGAUCAAAGGAUACAUCUCUGGGAUACGGAAACCGGAGCGGUAGUGCGCACGGUCUCCUCCGGGAAAACGCCUCUGUGUUUAGCUUUCCAUCCGCAAAAGUCCAACAUUUUACUCGUCGGUCAGAGCGAUAAAAAAAUAGUGCAAUACGACAUGCAAUCCGGGGAUGUCGUUCAAGAAUACGAUCAGCACUUGGGUGGAGUGAACUCGAUUGCUUUUUGCGACGGAGGGAAACGCUUCGCGUCGACUUCGGACGACAAGACGCUCAGAGCUUGGGAGUUUGGCAUUCCGGUGACGAUGAAAUACGUCGCAGAUCCUUUGAUGCACUCGAUGCCAUCGACUAAAAUGCACCCGGACGGCGAUUAUUUAGCCUGCCAAUCUUUAGAUAACUCGAUCAAAAUUUAUAGCACAAAAGAUCGGUUCCGAGAAAAAAGGAACAAGUCGUUCAUGGGGCAUCAAAACGCCGGAUUCGCGUGUGAAAUUGCUUUUUCUCCGGACAAUGGUAAAUACAUGGCGAGUGGGGACGGCGACGGACGCCUAUUCUUUUGGGACUUCAAGACAGGGCGAAAAGUGAAAACAUUUAAAGCUCACGAUAAGGUUUGCAUCACUUUAGACUGGCAUCCGCUGUUAGCAUCCAGGGUUUGCACAGGAUCUUGGGACGGGAAGGUUAAGAUUUGGGAUUGA